UCGCACAGUUCACAACCAGAAGGAGAAAAACAAACGAAAAUUUUCACAGCAGAAAAACACAAUUGUAAAUUUCCAAAUUUUUUUUUUUUUCAGUAAUCCAUAAAAGAAUCAAGCCAAUUAAUGAAUAUGAACAGGAACCCAGGUGAGCCAUUGCCGUGCAACGCCAAGAACAAACCGUCGGGACGAUUUGACAAGCAUCCAGUGAUUCUUGACCUCACUGAUUCUAAAGGGCCGACUGUGAUAGUGGAUCUCUCGGACAGCGUUGUGAGUCGCACACGUAGGCCAAACCAGCCGCCGGUUGAUUAUCCAUUGGUGGCUACAAUUGAUUUGGUGGAUGAGCCGAUGGAGGCACCAGAGCCUGCUCCAUUGGUUAUAAUUGACUUGGUAGAUGACGAGAUGGAGGAACAAGAGUCCGCUCCUGCUCCUAAGCCAGAACCGGCUCCAACUCCGCCGCCUGCACCAGCCGGCCAAGAUGUAACGGUCGUGCCGACUACACCGGCUGCACCAAUGGCCGCAUCGGCCAUGCUGAUGACUACACCAGCUUCACCAGCUGCAGUGGCCGCACCAGCCAUGCUGAUGACCACACCGGCUGAACCAGCCGCACCGGCCGAACCGACUACACCGGAUGAACUAGAGGAGCUGGCCGAGUCGAAUACACCGGAUGAACUAGAGGAGCUGGCCGAGCCGAGUACACCGGCCGCAGCAGGCGAUGCCGUCGACGAUGCCCCCAAAGAGGCGGAACGCUCUAGCCGCCGCAUGGUUGACACCGACGGCGAGGUUAUACCGAUGAGCUACGAGUGUCCAGUGUGCUUUGAGUACGUGACAGGUCGCCAGGCGGCAUCAACUGUUUGUGGACACGUCUUUUGCUGGGAAUGUAUCCUCCGUGUUAUUCGCUCCAAUCACAUGUGUCCCCUUUGCAACGCUCGCCUGGCCAGCAGCCGUUCCGUGCGACGCCUCUACCUUUAAAUGCAAGCAACACGAUGAUGACCUAACCACAUCCCACAAAUGCAAAACGCAAAGGGAUUAAAAGACCAACCAACAUAAUUCACUUUCAUAAAUACCAUCAAUAAAUGUGAAUUCAUACUUUUUGAA